AUAAAAUUACAAAAGCAACUGUCAACCCUUUUGUUCUAGUCUUCCUACAUUUAUUUCUUACCAGAAUUGUCACUACAAAAAAAUUGAAACCCCAGCAUAGCAAUUCCCUUUGGAAAACACUAAUCAGAUCAUGUCAAUUCAUUGGCAAAAUGAGGUGGUGCGAAUUACGCGCCAGGUUAAGCGAAAUCUUCCCCACCGAAACUUUCGGGAGAUCAACUUCGAUCGCGAGUCGAUUCGGGAGGGAAUCACCCCACUGACAUAUGAUGAGGCGCGCCGGAUUAAGGGUCCUGUUUUUGAGGCCCUAGAGGACGAGUUGCGCCGGAAGGGAUGCACCAUGCUGCCCGAGUUCCUGCACUGCCUGGCCACCAAGGAGAAUGCUCUCUUCGAGAGCCUUAAUAUUCGGGAACGACUCUCGGACGACUCGGAGUUGCUCUACGCAAUGGUGGAUCGACUUCGGGAUGCCGAACUGGCCGUUUGCCUGAACAAGCACCGCGGGCUCAAGCAGUGUUUCGCCCUGUUCUUCGAGACCAUGCAGCUGCUGGAGCCGUAUCGCCAGAAAUACGCAUACGCCCUGGUAGCCCUGAACGAGCACAUCAUCUCGCUGUGCCACAAAAUCGAGGGUCAGGAACGGGAGGCCGCCGAGUCCAUCUCCCGGAUCUACUACACCUACGCCCUGUAUCUGGUCAACACGGGCCAGCGCGACUCGGCCAUUAAAUACCUACAGAUCGCCAUGGAUCUGGUGCGGGGCCACGUGUGGACCGCCGAAAUGGGCAUGCCCGCCGGCAGCCUCACGCUCCACGAACUGGUGGCCCAGAAUCUGGCCAGGCAACUCCUCAUCCAGGGCAAGGCCAUUGUGCGCCAGCAUCCCGAGGAUGCGGUGGCCAUGGCACGACGGGCCACCGUCCUUAUAGCGGAAAUUGGUAGGGAAAAGAACAUGGAAAUCUUUUGUGACACCUUUUUGGAGCGCGCCUACUUCCUGAUGGAGAUCGGAAACUAUAACUCGGCACAGCAGUGUCUGGACCAGAUUCGCACCCAAAUCCUGGCCUGCACCGAGUACCGUUUUGUCAAGCUCAACAUUAAAUACUAUAUGUUUCAGGGUCAAUGCUCCGAGAUUUUUGAGCACGUGGAAAAGGCCAUUUCGUGUUACAAGCGGGCUCUUCGUUUGUCGCGCCUUUACACCCAUCGAGAUCUGGAGGCCGAAAUCCUUUUACACUUGGGAAAAAUCUUCGCCAAGGACACUCAGAUGACGAGCAUCGCAAAGAAGUGCUAUGAACACGCCAAAAGCAUUUACGUGGACUUCAACGAUCAGCAUAGCCGCAAGAUGGCCAAUUAUUUGCAGGCCAAGUUAAUGGCUGACGAGAUAACACCGCUUUAUAUGGCCAUGUUGAAAUCAUCCACUACAAGAUACUGUGCCUUUUUCAAUCUGCGCCAAUGGAAAAACCGCUGUCGUCCGUUUUGGAAGAAACUGGGCGAUGAGAUCAUUAAACAGGAGACGGAAAGCAUCUACUGCCUGCUGGACGAGGAGAAGGAGGAUCCUGGUCACGAUGUGGCCCUUUACGAUGAUGUCGAUCUCAAGACAUUCAAGCUGGCGGAGGGCGACAUCUAAAUAUACACUACUUCCUUCCAAGCUGAGAAAAUUUAAUUGUUUAUUGCUCAAGAUGGUUAAUAAAAUUGGUUCGGCAAGUAA